UCUGAAGAGAAAAAACGAAAAGGAAUGACGGGCAUGAAGCAAAGAGAGCAAAAGAAAUGAGCUCAUACUCCGUACAGAUCUGGAACUCCAAAAAAGCUGCCCGUGACUCCGCCCACACUGCCCACUGACUGACUGCUCUCUGCUCUCUCUUCUCUUCUCUUCCUGACUUUCUCUUUUCUCUCCCCGCUACUCCAAAAUUAACUACCUUUAGCCUUUUUUUUAUUCCCUCUUCUUACUCCCUCUCCAAUCUGCCUCCUUCUUUGCUUUUUCUUUUAGUCUCUUCUUACAUUUCCCCCCUCAUCGUCAGCCAGUUUCCUCACCACGCGCACCGCGCUCGUAUGCAACCCCGCCUUUUUCAGCUUCACCCUCCUCCGCUUGGCUGAACCCGCGCUAUUCAAGACAAGCCACGAGCUCACUUUUCCCCCUCCUGUCUCACUUCAUGGAUCGUAUUCCUCCGCCACCGCUCGCCAUGGAUCGAAUUCCGCCCUCUUCUUCCUACCCCACGCCUGGGUCCGCCGGCCCAGUGCCCCCCGCCAUGACCUCCGCAGCCCAUCUCGCUCCGCUCUCCACCGUGCACGAGGGUCGCAUUUGGUCUCUACAAGUGGUACAGCAGCCGAUUCGCGCCCGCAUGUGCGGCUUUGGUGACAAGGAUCGACGACCCAUUACGCCUCCUCCAUGCAUCCGUCUAAUUGUCCGGGAUGCUCAAACAGAAAAGGAAAUCGAUAUCAAUGAGAUCGAUACGUCCUUUUAUGUACUCAUGGUCGAUCUGUGGAAUGCCGAGGGAACGAGCGAAGUCAACCUGGUGAAGCACUCGGCUACAUCUCCGUCGAUAUCUACCGCCAUGUCCUCCUCAUACCCACCCCCGUUGCAGAACGUCUCACCCUCGUACCCUCCGUACGCGCAAAAUGCCUAUGGUCAGCCUGUCGGUUACCCGCACAUGAAUAACUACUACGCCGGAAACCCGCAACUUCAAUACCAAAACCCCUAUGGAGCGAAUCCGCAAGCCCAACCUUACUACCCCUACUACGCCGGGGGUCACAUGCCACCCGCCAACAUCUCCCCAGCGCAGCCUGUUACCGCCGCUCCAGGUGCUGGCAUGUUCACGCGAAAUCUCAUCGGCAGUUUGAGCGCCAGCGCAUUCCGGCUGACGGAUCCGGAGAACAAGAUUGGUGUCUGGUUCAUUCUGCAGGAUCUCAGUGUACGGACAGAGGGUUCCUUCCGCCUGAAAAUGAGCUUUAUCAACGUGGGCACUCAAUCCGGAGAAUCUCCCAACGGCGUGUCGGUGAUCAACCACGGGUCGGCGCCCGUACUGGCAUCGGUAUUCUCCGAACCCUUCCAUGUAUACUCCGCCAAGAAGUUCCCUGGCGUCAUCGAAAGCACAUCUCUCAGCAAAUGCUUCGCGCUCCAAGGCAUCAAAAUCCCGAUCCGAAAGGACGGCGUGAAGGGAUCGCGCGGGCGGCACAGUGACAACGAUGACGGCGGAGACGACUACGACUAGAAAGCCGAUGAUGCGCUGUCUGGUCUGUGAGAUUGGCCUUUCCUUGAUUUGCUUCUGUUUGCUGUUUGCCUAAUACCUCCUCUGGCGCAACGUUUUAUGGGUUCUGGUAAUAUGACCUGGGUUCCUGGGAAUGCGGUGUUUCUCUAAAGGGACUGGUUCGGGGGGUUGGGGAAGGGGUUUGUUUUCAUCAAACGGAUUGGGUGUAUUGGUAUCGGGACCGGUGUCGCGGGCUUAUUAUUAUUUUUUUUUUCUGUUCCAUUAGUCUUCUGGUUUUUCUUCUUUGCUCUAUAUCUCUUCCAGUACCUUAUUCGCUUUCCUCAAUUUUUUUUUCUUUGCCUUAUUAAUUUUACCCCCAAUGCUUCCGAGUCUGUGUUUCUGCCCUCUGUGCGAAUAGUGCUCUUCUUUUUUUUUUUUUCCUUUUACCUGCGUGUCCCCC